AUGAAGUCUAUUUUGUUUGUGAAUUUCGCGAAGUGGCGGAUCGCGAUCGAGUACGUAGCGCGUGCGGAGCGGUUCUUAGCAGGUGCGCGGCCGGCCGCCCGCUCUCGCCCGAUGUCCGAGAGCGUCUGUCCUGUGUCCCUUUGCGCGAGGGCUCCGCGGCCUCGUGUCCACAAUUCUCGCCGUCUCGCUCCGCCGGCCGACUACGGCGCGUGCGAGUCCAUACGAAGUGGCCAGGGGUUACUCGCGGUCGCCGACGCCUCGGCAACUCGACAGAGACGACACCAUACUCCCACAAACUUAGUUUUCCACAGCGCGAGAAGGAUAGGCAUAGAUCAUAAGUGCCGUGCGUUGGUGUGCGUGCGCGGGUGGGGCGAAGAUGCAGCGCGUACAAAAGAAAAGGGAUAA